AGGAACACAGAGCGAGUGAGAGGCUGGGGAUCCUUCAGUGGUUUUUCACUUGCAUGAACACAGCCGUAUAACAAACCCCCCCUCCCAACCCCAGGAUCUAAAGAUGUGGACGGAAGUCGGAAAGCUCGUGCUGUUACAUUUGUUACUCACGGAGAUCCACUGCGCUAAAGGAACUCAUACGGAGUCAGAGUGUGAAACCGGGCAGUUUCAGUGCAAGAACGGACGGUGCAUCCCGACCCUGUGGAGAUGUGAUGAUGAUGAUGACUGCUCAGACAGCAGCGACGAGGAGAACUGUCCAAAGAAGACAUGUGCGACCACAGACUUUGCCUGCAAGAAUGGACAGUGUGUUCCUGCUAGGUGGCGCUGUGAUGGAGAACCAGAGUGUGCAGAUGGUUCAGAUGAGGCUGAUGCAAUCUGCAGCCGACAGACCUGUCCACCAGAGAAGUUUGAUUGCGGAGGGGCUGCCAGCAAAUGUGUUUCAUUGUCAUGGCGAUGUGACGGAGAGAGGGACUGUGAGAACGGGGCAGACGAGGAGCAGUGUGCUGCAGAUGCCAAGGCUUGCCCCUCCAAAGAUUUCCAGUGCCGUAACGGGAAGUGCUUGGCGCCCAUGUUUGUGUGUGAUGGCGAUGACGACUGCGGGGACGCCAGCGACGAGGAGAAGUGCUCGGCUCCCACCUGCGGUCAGCACGAGUUCCGUUGCAAUGACUCAGAGUGCAUCCCCGCCCUGUGGAGCUGUGACGGCGACCCGGACUGCAAGGACAAGUCAGACGAGUCCAUGGAGCGCUGCAGCCGAAGGACAGAACCCCAGAAACCUCGCUGCCCAGUGGGCGAAUUCCAGUGUGGGAGCGGCGAGUGUGUCCACAUGAACUGGAAGUGUGAUGGAGAUGCAGACUGCAAGGAUAAAUCUGAUGAAGCAAACUGUCCCCUGCUUACAUGUCGGCCCGAUGAGUUCCAGUGUGGUGAUGGCUCCUGUAUUCAUGGCACCAAACAGUGUAAUAAAGUUCAUGACUGUCCAGACUACAGUGAUGAAGCUGGCUGUGUCAACGUCACAAAGUGUGACGGGCCUAGAAAGUUCCGCUGCAAGAAUGGGGAGUGUAUUGACAGCAGCAAGGUGUGUGACAAUGUGAAAGACUGCAAGGACUGGUCUGACGAACCCAUGAAAGAGUGUGGCCUGAAUGAGUGUGCAGACAACAAUGGUGGCUGCUCCCACAUCUGCAGGGACCGAAGAAUUGGUUAUGAGUGUGACUGUCCCUCUGGCUACAAACUCCUGGAUAAAAAGACUUGUGGAGACAUAGAUGAAUGUGAGAAUCCAGAUGCCUGCAGUCAGAUCUGCAUUAACUACAAAGGAGAUUAUAAGUGCGAGUGCUACGAAGGCUACGAGAUGGACCCUGCCUCUAAGACCUGCAAGGCCGUGGGAAAGAGUCCGUAUCUUAUGUUCACCAACCGCCAUGAGAUCCGUCGCAUUGACCUGCUGAAGAGUGAAUACACACAAGUGGUUCCCACACUGAAAAACGCUGUGGCCCUGGAUGUAGACGUUUCCACCAACAAGAUGUUCUGGUGUGAUUUAUAUCAUCAGAAAAUAUACAGUGCUUACAUCAACAAGGCCAGUGAGUCAUCGCAGCAGGUGACCCUCAUCGACUCGCUCCACUCCCCCGAGGGUCUGGCAGUCGACUGGGUCCAUAAGAACAUCUACUGGACGGACUCGGGCAACAAGAGCAUCUCUGUUGCCACGGGAGACGGCAGGAAGAGGAAAGUGCUGAUAGACACUGAGCUGAGUGAGCCGCGGGCCAUUGCAGUGGAUCCACACCAAGGGUUUAUGUACUGGUCAGACUGGGGAGGUCAGGCCAAAAUUGAGAAGGCAGGAAUGAAUGGAGUGGACCGACAAGUUUUGGUGUCUGAACACAUCGAGUGGCCCAAUGGAAUCACCCUGGACUUGUCCAACAGGCGUCUCUACUGGGUGGACUCCAAGCUGCACCUGCUGUCCAGUGUGGAUCUGAAUGGAGACAACCGCAAAGUGCUGCUGUCCUCUCAUCACCACCUGGGACACCCGUUCGCCCUAACUGUGUUUGAGGAUCGCUUAUAUUGGACAGACUUGGAGGAUGAGGCGAUAUACAGCGCCAACCGACUGACAGGACACGAUGUGGCAAAGGUGGCAGAGCACCUCAACAACCCUCUGGACCUAGUGGUGUUUCAUGAACAGAGGCAGCCGAAGGGCCCUGACACCUGCAAUAUGGGCAGUCUGCCUAACGGUGGCUGUGAGUACCUCUGUCUGAAGGCGCCGCAGAUCACAGACCACUCCCCCAAGUACACUUGUGCCUGUCCUGAUGGCAUGGAACUGGGACCAGACAUGAGGCGCUGUGCUAUAGUUCGACCCAGAACAACCACAACAGCUGCUCCAACCACCACCACCACCACCACAGCUCCCACCACAACCACCACUACAACUACAGCAACGAGCACAACUGUUACCACCACCACCACCACCACGACUCCCCCUACCACCACCACCACCACAAGUACCACCAGCACCUCUGCCGCAACCAGACGCCUGACAACAACGGCCUCUCGCCAGACCCCAAGAAGCACCUCUACGGAGCAGACUCGGACCGCUGCUGCCACAAGUACAGAGACGACAAGUUUCAGCAGCACAAGUCAGACAUCAACAUCCACACACACACCUCUGUUAGGCCCAGUGGCCCCCAACAGCAUUCAGAGAGAGAGCAAUGGCAACCUCUCUCACAGAGCUGCGAGUGAUCACUACCUCAUAGGUAACAACAUCACAGUAGCUGUUCUGGGGAUAGUCAUUCCUAUCGUCCCUAUCCUUGCCACAGUGGUCAUCGGAUUACUCUGCACUGGCGGAUACCUGGUUUGGCGCAACUGGAGACGCAAGAACACCAAGAGCAUGAAUUUCGACAACCCUGUUUACCGCAAAACCACAGAGGAUGAUGACGACGAAAUCCACAUCGGCCGACACAGCGAGUCCAUCGGUCACGUCUACCCAGCACGCGUGGCACUCAGUCUGGAGGAUGAUGGCUAUCCCUGAGGGGUGGGAUGCAGCCUGCCCUCCCCCAAUCCCCAUCCUGGCCCCUCCUCUCACCACAGCCUCUACACCACUACAAAGAGGCCAGUACAACGCAGAGGAGAAAGAGAAGGAGUCCUCAUUUUGCCUCCCCUUUUAAGGAGUAGGGAUGACAUGUACAUCUCAUAAAUCCCCCUUGCUCUCCUACCUUCUCCACUGGAGUAACAUUACUACCACUACUAGCCACUAUACUACUUUCUUUAGUGCUAAUUAUUAGUAUCCUCUGCUCCACUCCUCUCUUCUCUCUGCCUCUUGUUAGUAGUAGUGGUGUAUAAAAUGCUGCUUGAUGAUUUCGUUCAAACUAACCUCAUUCGGCUGUCUCAGUGCACGUUGUAAAUAGAAGGCUGCCUGGCCACUGUACAAGGGGAAAGAGCCAGCGUGCAGUAUUUUUAAUUCCUCAUAUUUUGACUCUUUAUUUAUUUGUAUGUGUUUGUUGUAAAUAUGUAAUCAGCAUCUCAGUGCACAAUACUGAAAGCAGAUUUGUUCCAGGUUUUCAAGGAUAUACUGGAGUAGGCAAGGGUGUUUUUUUUUUUUCAUAGUUCCCUUUACAUCUGGAGUUGACAAGACAGAUUUUUUGAAAAGGGGGAAUGUCAUCCUUUUUCACAUCCAGCCCCUCAGAUUUGCCCCUUGGCUUACUGUACGUGGGGAGAGAAAGCUAAAUAUAGCCAAGGGGAAAGGAGACAUAAAAAAAUGAUGGAGUUGUCUCCAUGUUUGGAGGUGAUUUUAGGGUGAAAGAGUAUGGGAUUUGUUUUUCUUUUCUUUUUUUUUGGGGGGGGGGGGGGUGCCACCAGAGGGUAGCGCCUCAAGGCAAGAAGCAGCAGGGCAGAAAAGGCAAAGGAUUAUGGGUAAUCCUCUCUCCUGUUAUCAGUGGUAUGCGCACAGUCUAUGAAGAACUUGAGAUUGUUUGCUCAUUUGCAGAUUCAUGCGUUUGUUCCUGAAUUUUUGUUCAUAUUUGUGUCUGCCACCAUCAUUUUUGUGGAGGUUUCCAGACAACAUAGACCUAUAUGUGACUCUUCUGAGAUAUGAAAAUUGUGCUUUGAGUACUGAGGUCUGUGACUUCCAAGACUAACGUAGAGCAUGAAUAUACAAAAAAGAAUGUUUCUUUUCAUCAUUAUUUUAGAACUUCAGAUUUUCUGUUGUUUAGUGGUUGGAUCUAUAUACAUUUAGAAGCAUAGUUGCAAAUACUGUAUUCAAAUCCUCUAGAAAUGAAGUAUUAACGAAAUGAAGUAUGAGAAAGCAAAGUCAUCCAGGGAAUCAGAGAGGUUCUGCACUGUUACAUCAGUUUUCCUGUCGACUGCUUCUGUUUGAAAUGAAGAUUCUGAUGCAACCUCAUGAAAGGUUUGUAAACAAAUAUUAAUGUAGAAGAGAACAUUAAAAACACAAUGGGCUCCUUACGUAUACACUGACACAGAGCAGGAGAAGGAAAGAAGAGAGACAUGCGGAAGGUAAACACGUGUACAUAGUGUUGAGCUAUUGACAUAAAUAUCAGCAAUACACAACUGUCAAGUGUGAGUUUUCAUCUGUUGUUGCUGUGUUUAUGUCUGUAAGCUUUGAUACGUUGUUCUUAUGGUUGUUAUCUCCCAAAAUAUCACUUUGCGUUAACAUACCUUGUUUCAAAACUUAAAUAUUGUGGCUUUUAUACUACUGCCAAACACAGACAUUAGUGUUUGAACUUGAGCACACUCUAAAUUUCAGUGCCAGUGGUUCAGUGGCUACGCACCAGUGGUUUUGGUGAUUCAGAGCCUGAUAGCUGCAGCUUCUUUCCUACCCUUUUUUUAACAGUGUAGCUGUGUCUUUUCUGGCUGAGGUGGUGUAGAAAAAAGCCGGCAUUUGAAGAAAUUACUUUCUGCUGUCGCUGACUGUUCAUUGUGGUUGUGAGUGAUCCUGUUUUGUUAUGAGCAGAUGACUAAUACGCCAAGGCUGACUGAGCCGAGCACUGAAUUGAUUUGAAAGCUGGAUAGAAAGAAAAUGUGUUAAACCAGCGUAAAGAGCUGAUCUUCCAUUGGCUUGCCACAGAUAUGCUUCCAGCUCAUUGAAUCAGAUGGAAUUUAUGCCCAGUGAAUAUCGCAAUAAUUGCUCAUAAUGUGUUGUAAUAGUGAAUUACUUGAAACCGUUAUGACAUAAAAGCAUGAUAGCUGUUACACAUUGUCAUGGCAAAUUAACAAAUUUCCUAGUCUGGAUAUCAUUUAGUCUCAAUAAACGGCAUUUUGAGUAUGUUAAGCACACUUAAGUAGAGUAUGGAGCUGUUUUUCAUUGUCCCAACCAUAUAUACCACACUUGUCUUCCUUUCUUAGAAUAACAAAUCUGAAUAAUGUUGGAUUUCAUCUGAGCUGGGCUAAGAAGUGCUUUAGUUUGUCACAUGCUCUGUCUUUUCAUAAACCUGUUAUAUGGCUGAAUAACAAGCAAAAAAAAGUACAAUGCAAACACUGAAGUCUUCCUACUCAGGCCCAAUAUAGUCUCAGCAUGCAUCAUCCAACCAUACAGACACGAUGUGCAUACAAACAAAAGAAAAAGGAUUUGAUUACUGAUAGUUAUUAAUCACAGUUAAUCGCUGUUUCUUGAAAAUAUUUUCUUAGUAUAGAUGCUCUGGUAACCACCAGGGAGGACGAGAGACUGUAAAAACAAAGACAAAGGCGGGCAGAAAAUGACUGCCAGGAUUUAGACUACACCAUAUGUGAACAAGUUUCCACUUGGAAGAUGAAUGGUGGGUCAUUUAUUUUGCUGGAUUUCUGCUGAUGUUGUGCCACAUUACUCUGACACUCGCUCUUCUCUCCUCCCUCAAAAGGAUGGCACUCUUCUCCUCUCAGUUUAUGAUGCACAGUAGGCGAUUUGUAUGUACUGUACGUGACAAGUGGCGUGCAUGACAGGCACUGCACUCAACUACGUCUAUCUUUCAGAGGAGGAUUGAGCACAAGGGGAAGGCCAUUUCCCUUCAUCUUAACCAGAUGAGGCAAAGUAAAAUGCUUAACAUGCUGGGGAGACUGUAACUCAGCAUGAUCCUGGACUCCUUUGGUAGUCUCCUGCAGUGUUUGGUUAGGCAGGACUUAGAAUUGACAUGCAUGAAAUAGUUUAAAUGGACACAACUCCAUUUUGGUAUAAACCCUGGUCAUUUUUUAACAUUAUGAGGGGAUAUCAUGGUGUGGGAGUUGUUAUGAAUCCUCACAAUUUUUUCAUCUUAUCCUAACCUGAAGGACAGAUGAAGAUUAUUAUAUAAGAUGCCAAGAAAGAUGGCCCAAGUCAACUAUAUUUGUGAAUUUAAAAUUGAACAAAUCACAAACCCACUGCUGAAUUGAACCCUGGGCUGAGUCAGCUCUGCACUCCACGCUUUCCUUCGUGUCUAUGUGUACUCGGGGUCUAAUGGAGUUCCAUACUGAGGGUUUGCAGUUAGGAGAAUAAAUUGCUUGUUUAUUGAGGUGAGUGAGCGUGGCAUUGUAGAAACAUUUUUAUUGCUACAGUGUGAAGACAGAUUGCCUGGUCCACUUUGUGGUCACCUCGAGAGCAGCCAACUCCACUGAAGGACACUGAAAAAUGUCAGGAAAGGGCCCUUCGUCAUUCAUAAUAUAGUAGGUAGUAAAUGUAGUGGUAGUAGAAAACAUGAUUUGACCGUAUGCUUUCUGGGCACCUGCCGCAUUGUUGUCCACAUUUACAGGGAGAAUUUAGGCGCUAAUCAAUGCUCUAAUGUCAGCAGCAUCAUAUUUUUUACAAUGGGUCAACCCCAUAAACAACAGGCUGCAGUUGUAAGGAUCAGUUUGAGCACUUUGCCUCAUGCUGCAGAGGUCUUGUGUGAAUUUAUGUACACAUGUUGAGUUGUUCACUUGUACUACAGGCACUAUGUAUAGGUGUGUGUGUUUCUCACUCCAGGUCAGUUUUUUGGUCAUAAUUUACUUUUUUGUAAGUCUGUCAGUGUUGAGUGUCAGUGCACUGCUUUGGAGAAAAAUGUUCAACAGGAAACACAAUAUCUUGCGCAAAGUUACUUAACAUUUAACCAUAGAUGUACUAAGUGCAGUAAAUUUAACUUGUAGUGUUAUACUGUGUCCUGAACUGCCUAUAUUGAAUUUAAGAGGUUGUUAAACACUAUAUAUCUCGGGGCAACUGACAAAGCCAAUGUUAGCUUGCUAAUUUCUUAUCCAUUUAGGUAGGAAGAAGAGGCAAGGAGAUAUGGUUGACACAUCUAACUGACAUUAUAUACUCUGAGUAACAAUCAAUGGAACUAAAUGACCAAAUAACCCGCCCAAUAAAAUUCUGACUUUAGUUAAGCCUGUUCAUCUAAAUAUUUAACUCUUCAUUUAAACUAAUACAUGAAUAAAACACUGGGAUCGACAGCUUACUCUCACAAUAGGUCAAGCUAAAAGAUGUCAAACCAUCCGUGACAAGGCUGAGUCUGUUUUAUUUUAUGGAAAACAUCUUACAUGUUAUUAGCUGAUCAAAGCAAAAAUACUAACAGUCCUGAUAACCUAUUAUCUAAUGUAAUUACAGUAUGUGCUUUAAUUAUAGUGUUCCUGAUUUGUGCUCGCUGUUUUUAACUGUCCUGUCACUUGUCCUUUCUUCCCUCUGUGUACUCUUCUAAUCCAAGUCUUUACUGAGCAGAGAGUCUGACCCAUGCUGCUUUAACAGGGAUGCAGUUAAUGCUUUCUAACAUCACUCAUAUCUCUCCAUCACUUCACUUCCUCAUGCACUGUAUGAAACCAAUGCCAGCUGUGAGGCUUCAGGUCUUUCUGCAGUUGUUAAACUACUGAAUUCUAGUUUGGAGAGCAAAGUCAGCAUUGCUUUCUCUGUGCACUCUCAUUCUCUUGCCCUCCCAUUUUCAUCUUAGCCAUCAACAUCUUUCCUUUGGCAAGGGCUAUCAGUCUUUGGGUAGACAGACACACACACACACUGGAAGAAACACUGUAGGAAAUAACCCGGAACCCUGAAUAUAACAAGGAAAGCCCCAGAGCUGAGGAACAAAAAAAAAAACCCUCCCAGCUGUGAACCAGCGAACAGGCGAACAAGCCUCAGCCAGGAGAAGCAGCCCCCCCCCCAACACACACCCCUCUGGCUACAGUUUUGGACCCUCAUUGACUCUACUUGGCUGGCAUUUAGCUCUUGUUGACCCAGUGACUUUCCUUCAUCAAGUGGUUCCUCUUAUUAUCAUGUGGUUUUUUGGACUGUAAGUGAUUUGUAGUUGUUGCUCUCUCUUUUUCCUCACCACACAAUUCCCACGUUCAUAUUUGAUCUUCUUGAUGUUUGAUUACUUGAAGGGCAGUGUUCAGUCGCCUACAUUUUUCUACCAGUCAGUGUAAAACGAAGGUUCGGGGGUGGAAAGCUGUGAUGGGAAAGUUGUGAAAUCUGUUUGUGUGAAUCUUUUUAUAGGUUGGGGAUAAUGAUAUACAGGGAUGACAUUUUGAUAAGUAACAGUGUUGUCACAAAUUUGAUCAUUUUUGAUUGUGGUUUGAGAAAAUCGCUUGGAUUAUAAGAAACUAUUGGUUGCGGUUUUUGCAAAACUGUCUACCUGUAUUUUCUCAAAAUGUUGCUGAUAUGUCAUUGCCUGCAAGGAAAUCUCAAAAACCAUUCGGGGCUCUCUCCAUUCCACAGCCAUACAACAGGCAUUUUUUUACGCUGUUUGUUGCACAAAACUUUUCAAGAAGCCUUCUGCACUGUGUAAAGAGAUAACGUUCUUAGGAGGGGAGGAAAAAAAAGGGGGGGGGGGGUCCAAUGGUACAGUCCAAUGGUUUUGAAUCAUGACUUGUAAAUACGUUUUCAUACAGCAAAAACUUUUUGAUAAUGUUUUAAAUGUAUCUGUAAAAAAGAUGUACAUAAACCUCUGGGGUAAAAAGGAGUGUAGACUAUAUAUGAAUUUAUUUGUACACAAGAGCACUGGAUUUCUUUACUACUUGAUUGUAACUAAAAAUUAAUAAUCUGCCAAAGUGUUUUUAUUUUACUUUUUCUCCUGUCUGUUCUGUUGUUUUUUGUUUUGUUUUAUUUUGCUUUUUAACAACAUUGCGGAUUUUUAGUGUUCAUACUGUAUUUAAUUCUGUUGAAUAGAUUUUGUUGUCGUGUGUUCUUUUUUUUUUUUUUUUAAGAGGGGUUAUCACUUUAAUUUAUUGGUGCCUUGUUUUGUGCUCCUGUAUACUUUUACUCUUUCUGUUUU